AUGUCUACGGAAACCGUUAUUGUGAACUGUUCAGAAGUGGGAUCGGAGUCAAUGGCUAUGCCAAAAAGGGCUUAUGUUACUUUCUUGGCAGGAAAUGGAGAUUAUGUGAAAGGGGUUGUUGGCUUAGCUAAAGGUCUAAGGAAGGCUAAAAGUGCUUACCCCCUUGUGGUCGCUGUCUUGCCAGAUGUGCCACAAGAUCAUCGCGAGAUCCUUGAAUCUCAAGGGUGUAUUGUCCGCGAGAUUGAGCCAGUGUAUCCACCAGAGAAUCAAACUCAGUUUGCCAUGGCGUAUUACGUUAUCAACUACUCAAAACUUCGUAUUUGGGAGUUUGUGGAGUAUAGCAAGAUGAUAUACUUGGAUGGAGAUAUUCAAGUUUUCGGUAACAUUGAUCACCUCUUUGAGUAUCCGGAUGGGUACUUUUAUGCGGUUAUGGACUGUUUCUGUGAGAAAACUUGGAGAGACACACCUCAAUUUAAAAUUGGUUACUGUCAACAAUGCCCAGAAACAAUCCAGUGGCCAGCGGAGUUAGGUCCAUCUCCACCAUUGUACUUCAAUGCUGGCAUGUUCAUCUAUGAACCAAAGUUGUCCACUUACAAUGAUCUAUUGAAUACCCUCCAAGUCACCCCUACAACUUUGUUUGCAGAGCAGGAUUUUCUAAAUAUGUUCUUUAGGGACAUCUACCGCCCUAUCCCUCCAGUGUACAACCUUGUUUUGGCAAUGUUGUGGCGACACCCAGGGAAGAUAGACCUUGACAAAGUGAAAGUUGUUCACUAUUGUGCUGCGGGAGCAAAGCCAUGGAGGUACACUGGUAAAGAGGAGAACAUGCAGCGAGAAGACAUAAAGAUGCUGGUGGAUAAAUGGUGGAAAAUAUACAAAGAUGAGUCGUUGGAUUAUAAGAACACAUCAAAGGAUGAGGCGAAAGCAACAAUUCCGGUUCAUUCAGAGAAUGGUGUUCCUAGCUACAUUACUGCGCCAUCAGCAGCCUGA